AUGUGCUUCUCGGACAAGAACGUGUCCGGCGAUGGCCAGACCGGCACUGACCCUACUCCUGCUCCCAAGAAGGUCUACACGAAGGCUCAAGCAUCGAGAAUGUUUCCAGUAACGACCAAUUCGCAGCACACUGCCGAAAUGAAGGCCGUGGAGAAGGCGGAGAAGAUCGAGGACAAGGACUCGGACUAUCUGCCUGGGACUAAGCGGAAGAAGCCGAAUGUCUGGAAAGGCGAGGCGUUCAACUCGAUGAUGACGUCCAACAUCGCAAGCUUCAGUUGA